AUGGAAGGAAGUGGUGGCACUCAGUGCUCCAAGACAAGUCACAGUAACCCAAAUCAAGGCGAGAGUAGUGAACAGAGUGAAGAAAACGACGACGUAUGUAAUAAGCUUAGAAAUGGAGGAAGCUCAAGCAACAGCACUGUGGAAGAGAACGAGAAGAAGCCCAUGGUACGGCCUUAUGUUAGAUCCAAGAUGCCUCGUCUCCGAUGGACUCCUGAUCUUCAUCUUCGUUUUGUUCAUGCUGUCGAGAGACUCGGUGGUCAAGAGAGAGCAACUCCAAAGUUGGUUCUUCAACAGAUGAACAUUAAAGGCCUCAGUAUCGCUCAUGUCAAGAGCCAUUUACAGAUGUAUAGGAGCAAGAAGAUGGAUGAGCCAGGUCAAGCCAUAGCCGAUAAUAAGUAUCUUGUGGAAAGUGGAGAUGGCAAUAUUUAUAACUUAAGCCAACUUCCCAUGUUGAAAGGAUACAACCAAAGCCAAGGCUCCCCUUUCAGAUAUGGAGAAUCAUCAUGGUGUAAUCAAGAAUCCUUAACCAAUACUGGUUCUUGCUCGAGCUGGGGUUUCAUCAAUGCAUUCAGGCCUGGAUCAUUGGUGGCUGGAAGGAUCUAUGGUGGCCACAAUAUUAUUAGCAAUAAUAGCCCUUGUUCUAUAGGAUCAUCCUUGUCAAAUUCUCACUGUGCAAGCCAAACCCAUGAGCAAUAUCACUUAUCUACUUACACUAAGUCAUGGCAAUCUGAAUACAAAGCAAACCAGAGUGAUCAGCUCAACCAACCACAAGCGAAAAUGGAAGAUUGCAAGAGUAUCAAGGGAUUCAUUAAUGGACCAAGUUCCCUUUCUGGUUUAAACCAAUAUAACACAAAAGAGAACAAGACGGUGAAAAGGAAGGCUUUGGCUUGCAAUCUCGACUUGGAUCUGUCUCUAAGGUUAACCCCAACAAGUUUAAUUAAUAUCAAUCAUGGGAGGUCCCGAAAUUUGGAGGUCGAAGAUGAAGAUGACAAUGAUUUAUCUUUGUCUUUGUAUUCCCCAUCUUCAGUGAAGCUUAGCAGGUUGAAACAAGGAGUAGAGGAACAAAAUGAGGAGAUGGCAAGAAGGGCAAGUACUCUAGAUCUGACUAUAUGA